AUGGCUGGUGGUGACGAUGCCAUGGCUGGUGGUGACGAUGCGAUUGCUGGUGGUGACGCCAUUACUGGUAGUGACGAUGCCAUGGCUGGUGGUGACGAUGCAAUGGCUGGUGGUGACGAUGCCAUGGCUGGUGGUGAUGCCAUGGCUGGUGGGGAUGCCAUUGCUGGUGAUGAUGCCAUGGCUGGUGGUGACGCCAUGGCUGGUGGUGACGCCAAUGCUGGUAAUGACGCCAUGGCUGGUGGUGAUACCAUGGCUGAUGAUGUCCCAAUGGCUGGUGAUGACGCCAUGGCUGAUGGUGACGAUAUGGCUGGUGUUGACGCCAUGGCUGGUGAUGACAUUGCUGGUGAUGACGCCAUGGCUGGUGAUGACACAAUGGCUGGAGAUGACGCAAAUGCUGGUGGUGAUACUAUGGCUGGUGUUGACGCCAUGGCUGGUGUUGACGCCAUGGCUGAUGGUGACGCCAUGGCUGGUGGUGAUGCCAUGGCUGGUGAUAAUGCAAUGGCUGGUGAUGACGCCAUGGCUGGUGGUGAUACCAUUGCUGGUAGUGACUCCAUACUUGGUGGUGACGCCAUGGCUGGGCAAACAUAUCGACUGUUAAUACAACGACAGCGGCAACAGCAGCAGCAGCAGCAGCAGCAGGAUGCCCAGCCAACAUCACCCAGCUCACCAAUCAACACACGAGUCAGGUCUCCCGACAUGUUCAGCCCCACGCCAGAUUUUGAACAGGAUUUCUCACCUAAAACACCCCCAUACUUGGCGGACGAUGACGAUUCCGACCCGAACCGCCACCACCAAGAACCCGCCGCUACAAAC